CUCUCCACCUAAGUAGGUGUUAGACUACUGUGGUGGGUCGCAUCCUGGGGGGAGAGGACCAUAAGACCCCAGUAAAAACAGCACAGCGUAAUGACACUAACUUUCAUAGGGUUAUCCUGGGUUAAUAAUCCUCUGGAUUAAUAAUCCGAAAAAAAAAAUCUGGAUGAAAUUCCAGACCCCAGACGUCUCUCUCAGCGACAGUCACUUACAUUAUAACGUUACUUACAAGUAGUAAUAUACUGUAACUUAUAAAACUAUGAGAGUAAGUCAUGUUGACGGUUAUCAAGAGUUGAAUGAGGAAGAUGUUAAUGUAUGUUGGUAGAGCUUCCAAAUAAUUAUAAUAAUAAUAGUGAAUGUUGAAGCCAAGUGAAGGGAAUGAGACACUGAUGUAAACAUUGAAGAUGGCAGCCAGCAGUGCUGACUCCUCCCUCGAGAGGAAUGAUUUUACGCCUACCAUAAGCACCAUGCCUCCUAGACCAGAGGUUACAUAUAACUGGAUUAAUAUAACCUCAGAAUUCUUCCAUGCUACAAAGGACUUACAGUUGGGUGAGCUGCUGCAUGAUGACAUUUUCGGUCUUUUUGAAGCAAUGUCUGCUAUAGAAAUGAUGGAUCCCAAAAUGGAUGCUGGAAUGAUGUGUAAUAGGGGCAAAAAAGUUCAAAAUUUUGACCAGGCUGUAAAGGCUGGAGCUUUAAAACUAAAUAACUUAACAAUGGAAGAAUUAGUGGGCAUAAUGGAUUCGAUGCUGGCCUGCUUGGUGACCUGGCUGGAGGGUCACUCAGCAGCACAGACAAUACUGACGUGCCUCUACCUCCACAAACCUCUCAGCAUUGAGGACCGGGCACUAAGAGCAUUUUCCAUACAAACACUGAAGCUUAUUGCAAUUAUUAAUAAUAUUGUUCAUAGUGCUGGCGUAUUUGAGGAAGAAGAUUUCCAACCAACACUCUAUGGCUAUGGAGUUUGUUCUGAAGUGUCUGAGGUGCGUGCAGGAGGUAUGAUGAGGGAAGUUGAAGAAGAGCUACAGAGGGCAGUAAAGGCUACCAGGAAUCGUCAAGGUGAACCAUGGGAUCCUAAAAUGCAAAAGCAGCACGAAGAUGCAGUAGCUCUCUUUUCAAGGAUUCGUUUCAUGCGCCUCUUUUACGCUGCCUUAGCAGCUAUCAUGAGAAGAGAGCAAGUUUCUAUACCAGAGGCAGAAAGGUGUCUGGCUUCUUGUAAUGAGCUGGUGUGUAUCAUGCAAAACACCAUAGCCCGGGGCUUGAGACCCAAGCAACCCAAGGAUGAAGAUGGAAAUAAAGGUUACGUAACCUACCGGGCCAGGUUCGGAGCGUGCGCCUGUGUGGUGCAACGGGUAUUGGCGGCUCGUUCUUGUGAGCAACGACGAGGGAAACAACGGUCGGGACUGGUAGACACUGGCAUCCAAAGAUCGAUGGAGGAGGGUGAGCUGGGCCAUCAGAAGCCCACAAUGGUGGACAACCGCGUGCCAGAUUUUACCAGCGGAUGUAAAGUGGAGUGA